CAAAAUCCAAAACAAAACGAACAAAUAACAAUCAAAGUGCGAAGGUAGAGAAAUACAACACAACUCAACACAACAAAAUACUAUACACCAUGUUUGCCAAAGCAUUUUGUAGCCGGAUCGGAGCAGCACAACUUUUUAGAAUGAAUAACGGUCUCGUACAGACGCGUUCGUUGUCGUCCGAAGGAAUUGCAGCUGUUGAUAAAUUGAAGGGAGCCCUCGAACAGUACCGCGUUGAGAAGUAAGUUCUGCCAAUUGACAGAGAGAUUUAUUCGCUCGAUCAUUUUAUCCUUGUCCACCAACUCCAUCUUCACCUUUGACCAUAAUUGUUUUUUCAACAGCUAUGCUCAGUGCAUCCCAACUCGAUUCAAGAAGGAUAUUAUUCAUGCAGCGAAAGAAACUGAAACAGAGCAGGUCGCACUUGAAGGCUUGCAGAAAGUUAUUGCGAAUAUUGGCGCCUCAAACAAGGUAUCACGGAAAGACAUAGAACUCAUUUUUUCUGAAAACGGUGUGUCGGGACGUAUGUCUACAGAACAAAUGCUGAAACUGCUCUAGUUGAUAUGCUGUUGAUCAAAGAAGGAUUCAACCGUGGGGCAGAGCAGAAUASUUUCUGCCCAUUACUUUGCUGAAGU